UCUUCUUCGUCUCCCCCUUGUUGCAUUUCUCGAGCGACUAACAAAAACAACGUACAUCUUUGUAUCUUCAGCGGGAACUUUUCCCGCUCUCUCCAUAAGAAGCUGCUGCUGUUGCUGUUAAUCUGCAACAGUGAAAGAUCUCUUGAUUCAUAGGAUUCAAUCAACAAUUAGGGUUUCUUUUUAUGUAUUCUUCACUAGCAAAGAUAUCAGCUAAAAAAAGGUUUCUGGCUUCCAUGACGGCUGUGCAAAACACAGAAACUGCUAUGACAGAAGACGAGACAACUGCUGAAAACAUUGAAAGUGGAACUCCGGAGGACAUUGAAAAUAAGGCAGCUGACAGCACUGAAAGUAAGUCAGAUGACAGCACUGAAAUGACUGCAGAUGAAAAUAUAGAAAAUACCACAUCUGGAAAUGUCGAGAAUAGAGGUAACGAAGACAACGGAAGCAGGCCUGUGGAGAGCAUAGAAAAGAUUAAUGAGGCUGAAGGCCAUAUUGUUCCUUUCCCAAGUAGUGGUACCAAACCCAAAAGACCAUAUGUAGGUAUGAUUUUUUCUUCUAUUCGAGAGGCAGAAGUUAGUUACCAAGACUACGGUAGGGAAAACGGCUUCAUAAUACGUAGAAGGUCAACAUAUAAAGCUCAGCGUGGACGCAGAGUAACAAGAGUCCUAUUCACUUGUUCUUGCGAAGGACUGCAUAAGAAAAAAUGUAGUGUAGAUGAUGAGGGUAGGACCAAGAAGGUUAGGUCAACAAUGAGAACAAACUGCAAGGCUAUGAUGCGAAUCAUCUGGGAUAGAGAUUCAGAUGACUGGGUGGUCAAUGAUUUCACUGAUGAUCACAACCAUGUUAUGGUCACUCCGACCAAGAGGGUUCUUAUGGGAUCUAACAAGUAUAUGCCUCACUCCAUAAUGACAAAGUGGAUGAAAGAUGCAAACCGGGAUGAAGCUGAUCUCCCUAACGAUUUUCUUAUGCAUGACCGACUUGUUGGAACAGAAGCCAUGCGGAUUAGUCAUCUCUGUCGGCGAUCAACACAAUUGGCAUAUUUAGCAGGUCGAUCAGAGGAUGGAUACAAAGUUGUGAUGGAUAUUCUUGACCAGGCAUUUGAAAAGAUUAAGCAAUUAGACACUGCUGUAAAUGAGAAGGCUGAGAAACCUUCAGAUAUUGUUAUAGCUGAUGCUGUAAUACUCCCGCCCAUCUCUCAAGAAAAAGGUAUAAAGAGGGUUCGGAAAGUAAAGGACAAAGCAACAGAGAUUACUAGCGAAACCUACCAAUCGAGGAGUGGGAUGGAAAUGUCUCUAGGAUAUAAAAGGCCAAGAGUUUGUAAAACCUGUAGUGGGCAAGGUCAUGACACUCGAAACUGUAAGAGCAAAGAAAUUGAUGCUAUUGACGAAGAUGUAUGCAGAAAUGAGGCUGACGUAGAUGAUGUGCUUCUAUUACCUGGAGGUGAAAAGUAUCUUAGUGUUCAAAGUGAAGAACUUCAGGAAAUCGACUUCGCUGAAGAGCCUAUAUGCAACUGAAGGAUCAAUAGCUGCGUUUAUCCAGUAGGUCCUGGAUUCCCCAGUUCUAUUGUUAAGCUCUGCCAAGUUCAACCCAAAUAAGGAGAUGGUACAUGUGUUAGUGUCAUGCACCAGGCCCUUCAUACUUCUGAUAUAUUUUGUUUUUGUUGUAUAUCUUAGUUUUCCAGAUUUAUUAAAUUAAAUCAUGAUUAGUGUUGAAUUUAUUAGAAUCAUUAAUUAACAAGUAUUAACGUGUUUGUGUCCUA